AUUUACUCACAGGACAGCGGUGUACCCUCUUCAGAAUGGCAUAUUUGCUCAGGCAGACCUCCAAGAAGGCCUUUGGCCGUUUUGGACAAGCACGAUUUCUUCAUACCUCACAAGCAGUAUCUCAGGUUGCAAUGAGCAAGUUUGAACAAGACAAAUUCAUUGAUUAUGAUAAAAUGGAGUUCAACAUGAAUACAGUGAAAACAAGACUUGGCCGUCCUCUCACCCUUUCAGAAAAAGUUCUCUACAGUCAUUUGGAUGAUCCAAAAAAUGAGGUGAUCGAGAGAGGUGAAAGCUAUCUGAAGCUGCGUCCAGACCGAGUUGCUAUGCAGGACGCCACAGCACAGAUGGCCAUGUUACAGUUUAUAUCUAGUGGUUUGCCCAAGGUUGCUGUGCCCUCGACCAUUCACUGUGACCAUCUGAUCGAGGCUCAACAGGGAGGUGACAAAGACUUAUCUCGAGCAAAGGAUAUCAAUAAGGAAGUCUACAACUUCCUUUCUUCUGCUGGGGCCAAGUAUGGUGUGGGCUUUUGGAAACCUGGAAGUGGAAUCAUCCAUCAGAUUGUGCUGGAAAACUAUGCCUUUCCUGGUCUGCUGUUAAUUGGGACUGAUAGUCACACACCAAAUGGAGGUGGCCUUGGUGGAGCAUGCAUUGGAGUUGGUGGAGCAGAUGCGGUAGAUGUCAUGGCUGGGUUACCAUGGGAACUUAAAUGUCCAAAGGUGAUAGGUGUGAAGCUGACUGGAAAAUUAAAUGGAUGGACUUCACCCAAGGAUGUCAUUCUCAAGGUCGCUGGAGUCCUGACAGUCAAGGGAGGCACUGGAGCCAUUGUAGAAUACUUUGGGCCUGGUGUUGAUUCUAUUUCUUGUACAGGCAUGGGAACAAUUUGUAACAUGGGUGCAGAAAUUGGAGCCACCACAUCAAUGUUCCCAUACAAUCAUCGCAUGCAGGAUUACUUGAGAGCUACAAACAGGGGAGAUAUUGCUGACCUGGCAAAUAACUACAAAGGACUCCUCUCAGCAGACCCAAAUGCUCAGUAUGACCAAGUCAUUGAAAUCAACCUGGAUACGUUGGAACCACAUGUCAAUGGUCCAUUUACCCCUGAUUUGGCCCACCCAAUAUCAAAGCUCGGAGAAAUUGCCCAGCAGAAUGACUGGCCCAAUGAUAUUAAAGUUGGUUUGAUUGGCAGUUGUACUAACAGUAGUUAUGAGGACAUGAGUCGGGCAGCCAGCAUUGCCAAACAAGCUUUAGACAAAGGUCUCAAGGCUAAGAGUGCCUUCACUAUCACACCAGGGUCAGAACAGAUCAGGGCAACCAUUGAGCGAGAUGGACAGGCUGGUAUACUGAGUGAGAUUGGAGGUGUUGUAUUAGCCAAUGCUUGUGGGCCUUGUAUCGGACAAUGGGACAGACAGGAUGUGAAGAAGGGCGAGAAAAAUACCAUUGUAACAUCUUACAACAGAAACUUCACAGGUCGUAAUGAUGCCAAUCCCGCUACACAUGCAUUUGUUACCUCCCCAGAGUUAGUAACAGCAUUGGCCAUUGCUGGAGAACUCAGCUUUAACCCAGAAACAGACAGCCUAACAGCAGCUGAUGGGUCAAAGUUCAAGUUGGAAAGCCCUUAUGGUGAUGAACUGCCUUCUAAAGGUUUUGAUCCAGGCAUGGAUACAUUCCAGCCUCCACCUGCUGAUGGCUCAAGUCUCAAGGUGGAUGUUGAUCCAAAUAGCAAUCGCCUCCAGUUGUUGUCUCCCUUUGAUAAGUGGAAUGGUCAAGAUUUCACUGAUAUGCCCAUCCUUAUUAAGGUGAAAGGAAAAUGUACAACUGACCAUAUCAGUGCUGCCGGUCAGUGGCUUAAGUACAGAGGUCAUUUGGACAAUAUCUCCAACAACUUGCUGAUUGGUGCUACAAAUGUAGAGAAUGGUGAAAUUAACAGCGUGAAAAACUGGGUUACUGGAGAAUAUGGCAGUGUGCCUGACACCGCUAGAUAUUAUAAGUCAAAAGGUCUCCCAUGGGUGGUGGUAGGAGAUGAGAACUAUGGUGAAGGCAGUAGCAGAGAACAUGCAGCUCUUGAACCGCGCCAUCUUGGUGGUCGUGCAAUUAUUGUCAGGAGCUUUGCCCGUAUACACGAAACCAACCUGAAGAAGCAAGGUAUGCUUCCUCUAACUUUCGCAGAUCCAGCAGAUUAUGAUAAAAUUAAACCAGAUGACAAAAUUUCUCUUCUUGGACUCAAAGAUCUGGCACCAGGACAGCAAGUAAAAUGCCAAAUUCAACAUUCUGAUGGAUCAGCGGAAACAAUACAGCUGAAUCAGUCAAUGAAUGAGGGACAAAUCGCAUGGUUCAAAGCAGGCAGUGCUCUCAACAGGAUGGCAGAUUUGAAAUAAAAUGUGGAGUAAACUUUAUCCCCACCAUUGUCAUAAGUGCUGUUUUUAUACCAAAAUAUUGACAACAUAGUAUUAACAAUUGGUGUCUCUACGGCGAUGCCCUGCGUUAACAGUAGUGCUGUGUACCAACAUUGACGACAUAAUAGAAAAACGGAAAUGUUGCCAUAUGUGAAAGAUAUUUAUUGUCAUUGAAUAGCCAUAAAUGAUGACAAUGGAUUUUUAUUUCAACGGUGAAAAGAAACUGCAGUUGGUAGUGUGAUGAGUAAAUGAGUUUAUGUAUUUCUCGAUAAUUCUAGUGAAGCUGUUAUUGUUCUGAAAUUGAUUUUGUUUGUGUAAAUAUAAUUAUUUAAGUCUUUUUUCUUCUUGGACUGAAUUCUGCUGUGAUUUACAUUGCAUAAACUUCUAUUGUAGCAACUCUGAAGAGAAUGUCCCUUUUUGUCUGAUACAUACUGCAGUACUUUUGUACAGAUUUGUGCAGAGCGUUGGUUUUGAGGAUAAACUUUGACAGGGUUGUGGUGUAUCAAUAGCAUUACAGAGUUGUGUACAUCAUCUGAAUAUUUAUUGGAUUGAUCAGAUCUGACACAAUACAAAUGAAAUAGAACAUUUCAGUUGAGAACAAAAUUGUCCCCUUUACAUUAAUUUCUAUGGUCGCUUUCUUGUAAGCUUUUGAAAUGGUUGGACAAGCUAAACUUGCAAGAGGUACAGAUCAGGAUCAAGGCUGGACUGUAUAAUAGUAACCAUGUGCAGAUAGAGGGGUCUAGCCGUACUUAUGGCUUAAUAUCAUUAGUUUUCAGAAUAUUCUUUACGGGUUAAAAUGAAACAUAUUUUAUUAUUGGAUCAUUGUAUUGUGUCUGGCAGGAAAUUAGGAAAUUGUGCAUUAUGAUCUUUAAAUACCAUUUCCAAUAUGUACAGGUGCAUUUGUUUAUGAUGAAAUAAUUCCAUCCCACCUGAACCGUUUCAAUGGGGUUACACGAAAGCGGCCUAUAUGGACAUUUUUCUUGAAGAGGUCAGCAUCUUUCAAAAAAAAUAGAUCACCAUGUAAUUAGACAGAUAACAUUUAUUCAGAACUGAACAUUUGAGUUCCAAGUUUUUAAGCAGCAGUCAUGUAUUAGAUUUGAAGUGAAUAGAAAAUCUGAUUUUGCUUAAUGUAUCACUGGAUUAAAACUUAGAGACAAUGAAUGAAAUUAUAUGUACGUAAAAUUUCACAAGAUCAAUUUUGACAGUUAUAAAAUUGUGAACUCUAAAAA